AUGGAAGGAGGAGGAGCUGCUGCUGCCGUUGAAGUUCUAGUUCAAAACCUCAUCGACCUCUGCAAGAAAGAGAUCUCUCAGAUCCGAGAUCUCAAAAAAGAUGCCGCAAAGCUAACUAAGAGUCUCAAAACCAUCCAGAAAUUCUUGAACGACGCGGAGACGCGUGACAUCACCAGCGAAGCUGUCAAGGAGUGGCUGAAGAAUCUUGAAGACGUGGCUUUCGAUGCUGACAAUGUUUUGGAUGAAUUCAACUAUCAUAUUCUCUCCAAACAAAUCAAGCCCGCCGAGCCUGAGGAGGAAAAGGUACCAUCAUGCUUCUCACGCCUCUCAUGCUUCUCAUGCUGCAAGAAUCUUUCACGUUCUCGAAAUAUGGCUCUUAAAAUCAAAGAAAUCAAUGAGAAUUUGGAGUCCAUUAACAAAGAGGCCACCGAGUUUGGCCUGGUAGGGAGGCUUGCCGAUGAGCCCACUUUGGUUAUUGCUGCAUUGGAAACUGAUUCAUACACUCUUGAUCCAAUUUUUAUUGGAAGAGAUGAUGUUGCGUCGAAAAUAGUUGAGAUGCUUACCAAUAGCAUCACAACUGAUGAUGAACGCGCAGUUUCCAUCAUUUCCAUUGUCGGGAUGGGAGGAUUGGGGAAGACGACAUUGACUAGAAAAGUCUUCAAUCAUAUGAAGGAUGAGACUCGGUUUGGAUCACAUAUUUGGGUGCAUGUUUCCCCAAAUUUUGAUGCAUUAACUCUUUUCAAGAAAAUUCUCAAAGAGUUGAAUGAUCAAGUUGAAGGUGAGAAUAAGCAAGAUAUUCUUUCAAAGCUUCAACAAGCUUUGAAAGAUAAAACUUAUCUUCUUGUACUUGAUGAUGUAUGGAAUGAAGAUCGUUCCAAAUGGGAAGAGUUUAUGAAUUCCUUGUUGGGAGUUAGUUCUGUUAAGGGAAAUGCAAUUGUUGUUACCACCAGAAGUAUGAAGGUUGCUACAAUUGUGAAUCCAAUUCAUACACAUGAGUUGGAAGGCUUAUCAGACGAAGAGUGUUGGUCGAUAAUCAAAGUUAAAACCUUUGGAGAAGGAAACGUUCCAUCAGAAUUUGCGGCCAUUGGAAAAAAGAUUGCAAGAAAAUGUCAAGGUUUGCCAUUAGCUGCCAACGUAGUUGGGGGAGUGCUGAGCAUUAAAUCUGAGGAAAAAUGGCGUUCAGUCGAGGAGAAAUGGCUUUCAGCCGAUGAAGGAGGAGAUAAUAUCACAAAUAUAUUGAGGCUGAGCUUCGACAAUUUGUCUUUGCCAUCACUUAAGAAGUGCUUCGCAUACUGUGCGAUGUUUCCUAAAGGCUCUGAAAUCAUGAAACAGGAACUGAUUGAGAUGUGGAUGGCAGAAGGUUUUCUUCAAGCUAAUAACAUGGAGUCUGUGGGCGAAAAAUUUAUCAACGUCCUUCUGCACAACUCUUUACUGCAAGUUUCAACGAGAGAUCGUUAUGGAAAUGUAGAAAGUUGCGGCAUGCAUGAUCUUGUGCACGAUCUCGCUUGUUCUGUUUCAAAUUCCUCUAACAGUACAGGUGGUAGCAGCCGAGUUCGAUACAUGAUUCUCGGAGACAACAACUGUGGAGAGGAAUCAAGUCGUAUCCCAAAAGAAAUGGCAAAAUCUUUGCGUACAUUACUAAUAACAUCCAAAGCUGAUAUUUCUGAUAUCAACUUCUCAGACUUGGAAAGUUUGCAUGUUUUACGUCUUGAUGACUAUAUAGUUAAAGAGCUGCCAAGUUCGAUUCAAAAGUUGAUACAUUUGAGAGAUUUUGACAUUUCAGAUACAAUGAUUGAAUAUUUGCCGGAUUGGAUUGGUGAAUUCUUUCACUUGCAGACGUUGAGAGCAAACUCGGAGUAUUUGAAAAAACUGCCAAGUACGAUUAAGUACUUGAUUAACUUGAGGCAUCUUUAUAUUAAUGAGGAGGUAGAGUUGCCUAUGGGAAUUGGGAGAUUAACUUGUCUCCAAACGCUAACCCACUUUCCAGUGGGUGACGAGAAUGGCUGCAAAAUCGAAGAACUCGGAAGUUUGAAUAAUCUUUCAGGGGAUUUAAAGAUUCGCAAUCUCGAUAGGGUUCAUGACAAGGAAGAGGCUGGGAAAGCCAAUUUAUUCAAAAACUCAAAAAUAUUGAACUUGUGUUUGGAAUGGGAUUGGAACAGAGAUUGGAACAGAGAAGGUGAAAGAAAUGAUGAGGAUGUAUUGGAAGGCCUUCAACCUCACUCAGAUUUGAGGGAGUUAAAGAUUGAAAGAUUCAGUGGAAAAAGAUUUCCAUCAUGGACUCUAAAGAUGGCAGUUCGAGAUGCGCCUCAUGGCUCUUGGGUGGUACUUAACAAGUUAAUGUCGUUAGAACUCUGGUACUGCGAUGAAUGUGAAGAGAUCCCAAUGUUGGGGCAGUUGCCCAAUCUCAAGUCCCUUGAGUUGAAAGGAUUGAGCAAUGUGAAGUGUAUAAAUUCAUCAUUCUACGGAAUGGUGAACAAGGACACACGCAUUGUUUUUCCAGCUCUCGAGAGGUUGGAAUUGAAAGACUUGCCUAAGCUGGCAGUGUGGGCAGAAAUAGAAAUUUCGGAUGGAAGUGAAGUGAAGCUAUUUCCUCGCCUCCAACAUUUGAUAAUUAGUGAGUGUGAGCAAUUGAUGAGUGUUCCAAGUCAUGUCUCGUCAUGCCUUCAACAUUUGGAGAUUAGUAGUAUCGGUGUGAAAUGUCUGCCAGCUGAUUGGUUAUUGAGUAACAGCGAGACUCUCUCUUAUUUGGAAAUAGGUGAUUGCCUCAAUUUGAGAGAAAUAUCAGAUAGGUGCGGAGAAAAAGAAUCACAAGGAAGAAGCUUCACAAUCACAUCCCUCCCUAAAUUCCCUCGUCUAACAAAAUUGAUGAUUCUACACGUUCCUAAGUUAUGUUUAGACAAUGUUGUGUAUGCAAUGCGGAACCUCGAAGUUGAUGGACUCAAAUACAUUUUCCCGUGA